AUGGCAAUGGCGGCCGUGGUCUUCCAUCCGGUGCCGGCGUCCGCGGAGUACUACCUGAUUGGGGACAAAGCUGGCUGGACCCUCAACUAUACCAUCGGCUGGCCGGAAGGGAAAGCCUUCAAAGUUAACGACAGUCUAUACGGAGUGGCAUAA